AUGAGGGAGAGUCCACAUAGAAGAGCAACAACUGGAGGGGGAAAUUGCACUAAGUGCUUCAGUUACACCCCAAGGCUUCAACUCCAUCACAGUAUCCACUCUGGAGAGGAGCUGUGCAAACGUGAGUGUGUGCGUGGUGUGGUUUCCAGAUGGUCUUCACGACUUCAGUAUCUCCAUCACAGUAUCCACUCUGGAGAGGAGCUGUGCAAACACGAGUGUGUGCGUAGUGUGGUUUUCAGAUGGUCUUGA